AUGUGUUCAACAAGCAUUAUUAUUUUUGUUGUUGUCAUACUUCUUCCUUUUUCCUCACAUGCAAAGAUCACGGUCCAUCUUGUGCCGCAUACACAUGAUGACUUGGGGUGGCUAAAGACAGUGGAGCAGUACCAGUAUGGUCUUAACAACAGCAUCCAGUCGGCGAAUGUAAACAUCGUUAUCUCGAGUGUUGUUGGUGGUCUUUUGCUGAACCCCGAGCGUCGGUUCACUUAUGUUGAGAUGGGCUUCUUCUCGCGUUGGUGGGCGGAGCAGCCGGCCCCCACGCGUGCCGCCGUGCGUACGCUUGUCGCUGAGGGGCGCCUGCAGUUCGCGAACGGCGGGUGGUCGAUGCACGACGAGGCGGCCGCUCACGUGCUCGACAUGAUCGACCAGACAACGUUGGGGCACCGCUGGCUGCAGCGCGAACUCGGCGUCGUCCCCCGCGUCGGCUGGCAGGCGGACGCCUUCGGCCACAGCGCCACUCAGGCGGCAAUCCUCACCGCACGCGCCGGUCUCAUCGCCACGUAUUUUGCCCGCGUGGACUACCAGGACUACCGCCACCGCGCCGGCACAGGCAGGAGACAGUUCUGGUGGAAGCCAAGUCCCUCACUCCCACAUCUACGCGUCUUUGCAGAGAUUAACCUUAGAGAAACGUACUGCACACCACCAGACUUUUCCUGGGAUAUAUUGAACUACUGGCCAGACUCAAAUGACACUACAUGUUCAAAAACCAUUGUGGACGACAAUAAAUCAGAAUGCUACAACGUCCCACUCAUACUAAAACGCUUUAAAGCAGAGGUGCGACGUAAUAUAAAUGCAACACGUGGCAAACACAUUAUGUGGACCAUGGGUUGUGAUUUCACCUACUUUUCAAGCGCUUUAUGGUAUGAGAAUAUGGAUAAAUUGAUUAAACUCGUUAACGAUGAUGGGGAAUUUUCAGUACGCUACUCCACACCAUAUGAAUAUACACUUGCAAAGUUGAAGGAAGCAGAAGAAGGUCUUUUGUAUGAUACCAAGAGAGAUGAUUUCUUUCCAUACGCGAGUGCUCCACAUCAAUUUUGGACAGGCUACUUUGCAUCACGACCUACUUUAAAACGAAUUAUACGUAAACUGAGUGGUUAUUGGCUCGCUGCACGGCAAGUGGAGUUUUUUGCGGCAAUUCCCUCAGGUGAGGUACCAUUGAUAAGUGAUGCCCUUGGUAUUGCACAACAUCACGAUGCUGUUACUGGUACCGCGAAACAACAUGUUACAUUUGACUAUAUUAAGAGACUUAUAAACGGUUAUGAGGAUGAUAUGGUGAAUCGUCUACGCCGAGCAUUUGCAUCCGAACCUUUUGCCAUUAGUAAUGUACAACACUGUCUUUUAUCAAAUGUUUCAGUGUGUCCGGCAACAGCUGUAGGAUUUGCAAAGCGUGAUGAUGUGAUCACUGUUAUCGUGUGGAACCCAAAUGCUCAUCCUGUUGCAAACAGUCUUGUAAAGAUUCCCGUUCCGAUAUCUAAUGUUCUUGUAACUGGGGAUGGUAUUCGUAAAUACAGUGUCUUUGAUUCCCCCGUGGAGGUUAGUGAUUAUUCAAAUAGAAAUGCGGAUCGACUACCCUACACACUUGCCAUAAAUUUACAAUUGAAGCGUUUUGCAGUGUUAAAGGUUGUCAGAGAACCUGUUUUCUCCUUUUCUGCAUCUGGUAUAUUUCCAUUAUCAGCAAAGGCGCAAAGUAUACGUUCGAUAACGGAAAUAUCUAAUGAUGAUCUUCUCUUAACAUUUAGUGAUAAUGGUUUGCUUGAGCGUGUUACUGUACGAAAGACUGGGCAAACUGUAAAAGUAGUACAGGAUUGGUGCUAUUAUAAAAGCAAUUCAGGGGACAUCGUAGACCGUAUGUCAGGUGGUGCAUAUAUUAUGCGUCCUGUCACUAACGGCACAUGUGAUCCAAUUACAAAUUCUCCAGUGAAUAUACGUCUUGUGGACUCAACCAUUGGGAUUGUGGAACAGCAUUUUGGUAACGGUCUUGUGCAACGAAUGACACUUCGCGGAGAUGUUGUUGAUUUGGAGUUUACUUCCUUUGGUAUUCCAAUCGAUGAUGGAUUUGGCCGCGAAUUGGUUGUGCGAUUUCGCACCUCUGUUGAGAAUAGGGAUACAUUCUACACUGACAGUAACGGACGUGAGAUGCAGAAACGACGCAUAAACUACCGUAAUGAUUUUCCCUUUGUACAAACAGAGUCAGUGGCUGGAAAUUACUACCCAGUGACAUCGUUGAUUUUUAUUAACGAUACAAAUACACAGUUCAGUGUCUUUCCAGAUGCUUCAAUGGGUGGUGCAAGUCUCCAGAGUGGUGAAGUGCUUCUCACAGUGCAUCGGCGCCUUCUUCGGGAUGAUGAUAAGGGAGUAGGGGAACCGCUGAACGAAACUGAAUUUAUCACGAGCUACAAAGGAUGUGUCUAUUCUCGACUGAAUUGUGGCCGUCAUUACGGCGCACCACUGCAUGUCCGUGGAACACUCUCUUUUGCAGUGACAAAGAGUGGCCCAACAGCAAUGCGUCGUGUGCGUGAACAGCAGGAUGAAAAGUACUAUGAACCACUUGUAUUGUACUCAUCUGCAUCGUCAUCGUCACCGUUUUCAUUAUCCUCAUUAAAAAAAAGGAUGAAUCUUAAAAUUGACUUUGGAACUGCUUUACCUCCAAGUCUACAGAUUCUUACAAUGCAACUUUUUGACAAUCAAACGCUUCUCUUACGUCUUGGACACCGAUAUGCCGUUGGUGAGGAUCCUGAACGCUCUGUAGAUGUGAAAGUGGAGUUGUUGGCACUGAUAGCUAAAGUACCAUGGUGUACUGUUAGUAGUGUUGAUGAGGUUUCGUUAACAACAGUUGAAGUGGUAAAAACCGACGUAAAAACCGUGACAAUAAGUCCAAUGGACAUACGCACCUUUGUCUACCAUCUGAAAUCACUAAAAUAG